GUCAUCCUCAAGUCGAGCAGAGCUGAUAGGGGUUCCUUCACACGGCGUGACCUGGGGGGAGAACGGACGAUGAAGUUUGAUGAUAUUUUGUACAGCCUGGGGGAGUUCGGCCGCUACCAGAAGAGGCUCUAUCUGCUGUUAUGUCUGCCUGCAAUCAGCGUGGGCUGCUUCAUGAUGGGGCUAGUUCUGACCAUGGAGACUCCCAAGCACCGGUGCAAAAUUUUGUCCUAUCCCAACGACACGUACGAAGUACAAAGCGCUUACCACCAGCAUCUUAUUAAUCUCACCAUUCCGAGAUCUGAUGACGAGACUUUGGAUUACAGCCGAUGCUAUAUGUACACCAGAACAGGCGCGGAAAAUUCAAAGCCUGCGAAUUCUACAGAAGAGAAAUGCAACGAAUGGGUGUACGAUACAUCUGUGUUUGAAUCCACCUUCACAUCUAAGAUGAACCUGGUAUGUGACGAUGCCUUGCUAACUUCCCAUGCCAAGAUGAUUUUCUACUUUGGGGUACUGGUCGGGGAUUUGGGAUUUGGAGUUCUAGCUGACAUCAUCGGCAGAAAGAAGGCGCUGUACGUUACGUUCGUCAUUCUGCUGGCCGCCGCCUUCGGAAUCUGCUGGGCCCCGGAAUUCAUCAGUUUUGUCAUCUUAGAGUUCAUCAUCGGCGCUGCUAACCAUGGAGCCUUUAUGAUCUGCUGUGUUCUCGGUCUGGAAAUGGUGGGGCCGUCCAAACGUGUGUGGGCGGGGAUAAUUAUACACGCCUUCUUCGCCAUUGGACUGCUUUAUCUAGCGGGGGCGGGCUACUUCCUCAGAGACGGGCAGUACAUCAGUAUAGCGGUGGCAGUGCCCUGCGUCUUCUAUCUGACUUACUGGUGGUUUGUUCCUGAAUCCCCUCGCUGGUUAAUCAGUCAGGGUAGACAACCAGAGGCUGAGCGCAUCAUACGAAAGGCCGCCAAAGUCAACAAAGUAAACAUCGACAGCAAACUUCUUAAGUUCAGCAAUGAGGACAAUGAAUCAACGGAGGGGCGGAUCUGGCAUUUAUUUAGUCACAGAGUCAUGUUGGUCCGCACGCUCGUCUUAUUCUUUAAUUGGGCCAUUGUGUCAAUGAUGUACUAUGGCGUGACAAUGCAUGCUGGGAAUAUGGGCGGGGACUUCUAUCUGAACUUCUUCCUGUUGGCGGUGGUGGAAUUCCCCGCCUAUGCGCUGUGCAUCAUCCUCCUGGACAGAAUAGGCAGGAAGAAGCUGCAUUGUUCCUUCAUGGUUCUAGGGGGCCUCGCCUGUCUGUCCACUAUAUUUCCGGUCCUCUUUGGAGACAAAUCCUUACAGCCGGUCACGCUCACACUCGCCAUCCUCGGGAAGAUUGGAUCCGCCGGUGCGUUCGGUGUGGUGUACGUAUUCUCUGCGGAGCUGUUCCCUACGGUCGUCCGUAAUGCCGGCAUGGGAGCUUGCUCCUGCGUUGCCAGAGUUGGCGGCAUGUUGGCGCCUUAUGUGGCGUCCUCGGGUGAUUUGGUUGGCGGUAAAUUUGGCCAAGCUUUACCAUUGGUCAUUUUUGGUGCAACUUCAGUGACUGCGGGACUGCUUUGUCUAUUGUUACCGGAAACACUAAAUAAGAAACUUCCCGAAACUGUAGAGGAUGGUGUGAAGUUUGGCAGGACCCCAGAUAAACAAAAGAAAGAAUACGACGUUAGCAGUUCUACUAAACUUUGAUUCCCGGACAAUACAACUCGUGCAGACGACAUAGAAAGGGCGAAAUAUGUGAUAAAUGAAAAAAUAAAGAAAAAUACCCAUCUCUAGAGUAGUACUCCAAAUCAUUUCUUUAUAAUCGCUCUAAUGUUGUUUCAUAUUUAUAGGUGAUGGAUCUCGUCAUACUGUGUUUUUUUUCUAACUUUCAAAUAAUUAUCUUUUGGAAUUUAUUUUCGUAUAACACGAAACCGAUGUGCACAUGAUUUUCUUGCUUCAACUCAACAAAGCCUUGUCCUAGGCUGCAAAACUCGACAUAUAGAUAUAUCGAUGACAUUUUAUCCAUUAUCAAAACUCAUUUUCAUUCAUGUAUGUAUAUUCGAUAUAGCACAAUGAACUCGAAUUAAAAGACACCACACAGUC